AUGAAUGUGAAUGACAGUCAAAACCUUUCCAAUAUUUUACCUUCUUUGAGAAAUUUACGGAUAAAAAAUCCUAAGAAUGUUAUUAUUGCCCACGUGAAUAUCAACUCAAUACGAAAUAAAUUUGACUUCUUGAAAGAGUUUGUGGAAAACAACAUCGAUAUUCUCUGCAUAUGUGAAACAAAAGUAGAUUCAUCUUUCUCGGUAGGUCAAUUUGAAAUGCCUGGAUUCAAGCUCCCCUUUCGCCGUGACCGGGAUAAAAAUGGUGGAGGUUUGAUGAUCUUUGCAAAUGAAAAUCUUCUUACUAAAGAACUGACUUCAUUCAAGGUACAGAAUGGAAUAGAACUGAUUACGUUGGAGAUAAACCUAAGGAAGAAGAAGUACCUAUUGCUGUACACUUAUCGUCCACCGUCACAAUGCACACACUUUUUCCUCUCAAAUAUCACGAAUGCACUUAAUUUUCACAUGAGACAUUACUCAAACAUUAUCGUAAUGGGCGAUUUUAACCUGGAGCCAGAUAGUGAUGAAAUGUCAGAGUUUAUGAGUGCCUUCGAUUUGUCUAAUCUAAUAAAAGAAAAAACAUGUUUUAAAUCAGCAUCAAAUCCCUCAUGUAUUGAUCUGAUUUUAACUAAUAUUGGAAGGACGUUUAAACACACAAGUACUAUCGAAACUGGUCUUUCAGAUUUUCACAGAAUGGUGCUAACUGUUAUGAAAACUACUUAUGUAAAAGCUCCACCGAAAGUUGUGAAUUAUCAUGACUACUCUCAUUUUAAUAAAGAGAUAUUUAUAUCAGAAUUGACCAACAGGAUGCAAAAUAUAACCACGUAUGAACAAUUUAAUAACACUUUCAAAAAUAUAUUAGAUAAUCAUAUGCCACUUAAAAAGAAAAUCUUGCGAUCGAAUAAUAAACCAUUUAUGAACAAGAAUUUGCGAAAGGCUAUCAUGCUGCGUUCCAGACUACGCAAUAAAUCGAUAUCAUCUCCUUCAGCUGAAAACAUCAAGCAGUAUAAAUUACAACUAAAUCUUUGUGUCAAGCUGUCGAGAAAGGCCAAAUUUACUUACCAUUCAAACCUUAAUACUAAGAAGAUAACAGAUAACAAAUGUUUUUGGCGUACUGUGAAGCCAUUUGUCAGUGAUGAUUCAUCAAACCAAAAGAAAAUCAUUCUUAUCGAAAAUGAGUGUGUUAUCUCGAGUGAUGAAGACAUAGCAAAUAUCUUCAACUCUUAUUUUCAAAAGGUUAUCAGUUCAUUGAAGUUAUAUCGAUGGCCUGAUGUUUCAACAGAUUCACAUGAUUACGUUCUGAAUGCUAUUUAUAAAUACGAAUUACAUCCGAGUAUCCAAAAAAUCAAUGAGAGAUAUAACCAUAUUGCGAGAUUCGAAUUUAGUCCAACAACGGGAAGUGAAAUGUGGGAAGAAAUGAAGAAAUUAGAUGAAUCCAAAUCAAAUGUUGCUGGUGAUAUUCCGAGUAGAAUUUUGAAAGAUUAUUAUAGUUUAUAUUAUCAAAGUCUCGUUAGCAUAUUUAACAACACCGUUAUUAAGGAUUCUGAAUUUCCAAAUAAGUUAAAAUGUGCCGAAGUCUGUCCAAUUUUUAAAAAAGGCGAUCCAUCAGCUAAGAAAAUUUUCGACCUAUAA